CUUCCUGAACUUAAGUUAGUUUCAUUUUCUCUUGUACCUGGUCGUCGGCGGCCCUCAACUCUUACACAGGUGCAACCAUGGCCUCUGAAACUGCACCUAAAGUCAAUCUGAAGGAAGCGGAAGAACUUGCUCUCUCUCUGAGUGAAGCUCUCAGCAGUGGGAACAGUGAAGAAGCAGUUAAACUGUGCCAGGAGCUGUCACAACUGUCUCUACCAGUCUCUGUCAAUAUCAACAGUCAGGCUUACCCUCAGGAAUCCAUAAGGUUGAAGGUUGGAGUAGAGGAUGCUCUGUCAGAUACCUGCAUUCCAAUGACGCUUGUGGUUUCUCUUGAUAUGACAAUUGCACAGCUGAAAGAAAAGAUCAGCCAUGACUAUGGGUUCUCACCUUUGCUGCAGCGGUGGGUGAUUGGCAAGAGGUUGGCUCGAGACAAGGAGACACUGUACAACCACGGCGUCCGUCAGAAUGGCGACCAGGCUUUCCUGUUCAUCCGCUCUGCCCACACUGUUAAACUGACCCGGCAUCAGCAUAAUAUAGACCAAGAGCAGCAACGCAUUGAGGGCAUUGUGGAGUCAAUGGAGACAAUGCACCUUUUUCCCAGAGGGCUGGGCGGAGGUGGCGGACAGAAGGCAGCUCCUCCUCCUCUUCCUGCUAAACCCCCAACUGUUCCUAAACCUGCUGUGCUUCCUAAACCUCAGCUGGGCUGGGCCUGCACUAUUUGCACUUUUGUGAACAAGCCAACGCGUCCUGGUUGUGAGAUGUGCGGAGGGGAACGGCCUGAGAAUUAUAAGGUGCCAGAGAUCUAUCAGCCGGACCAGGAGGAAAUUCUACGAAUUCAGCAGGAAAAGUUGGCCAUGUUGCAGUAUGAACAGGCUCAGAAAGAAGAACGAGAGAUGAACUACAUGUACUUGUUGGCAACAGAUGAACAGAAUCUUAUCUCCAAUGCCACGGAAAUAGACUGUCCCAUCUGCUUCAAUACUGUGGGACCAGAAGAAGGCAUUGUGCUCAGAGAGUGUCUACACACCUUCUGCAGGGAGUGUUUACAUGAGACAAUCGUGAACAGUCAAGAUGCUGAGGUUGCGUGCCCCGAUGUAUGUGAUAGCAAGCUACUAGAUCGGGAAAUCAAAGCGCUGCUCACAGAGGAAGAGCACCAGCGGUUUCUGGAGUUGCGCUUGAUAAUCGCAGAGAGCCGCACGGACCACAGCUUCCACUGUCAGACUCCCAAUUGUCGAGGAUGGUGCGUCUACGAGGAUGAAGUCAAUGAAUUCCUCUGUGAACUUUGCCAAAUCACCAACUGUAUCCUCUGCAAGGCCAUCCAUACAGGCAUGAACUGCAAAGAUUACCAGGAUGACCUGCGCAUCCGAGCACAAAACGACCAGGCGGCUCAGCAAACCAAGCUGAUGCUAGAGGCUUUAGUGCAGAAUGGAGAGGCCAUGAAAUGUCCCCGGUGUGACGUCAUCGUCCAGAAAAAGGACGGCUGCGACUGGAUCUGCUGCUUGAUGUGCAAGACGGAAAUCUGCUGGGUCACCAAACAAGCUCGCUGGGGACCAAAUGGCCGCGGUGACACAUCAGGUGGCUGCAAAUGUCGAGUGAACAAUCAGCCUUGCCAUCCAAACUGCCAGAAUUGCCACUGAGGGCAAAUACCCCCAAAGAACAAAUACUGCACACUAUCUCAUCUCAAGAAAAGCAAACCUCGUCUGAUGCUUGGUCUGCGUUCACGUAUUCUUUUGAUGUCUUUUUCUGACUCUUACGAUUGCACGAUGACAGGACGUCGUGCAGUGUCUGCUGCUCUUUGCUGGUGUGGUCUCCACACACGAUAACACUGUGUGCAUUAACUAUGCAAAAUGACUACCAGGUUUAAAAUAUACACACACAUAUAAAUACUGUAUAUUUAUAUGUAUGUGUAUAAAUUCAAAAGUCAUAGUUUGAUCAGGCACAAGAAUCUACUCAUUCUUUACAUACAACUACAAACAAUAAACUAUUACCCACUACAACUACCAACAAUAUACAUUUAUUUAAAACCUUUUUUUCCUCACUACUUAGAAUCUACCGAAGUGAUUGAUUUUGUGAUGGAAAUAUUAAGCAAGUGCUUUCACUCAGUCGACUUAAUCUUUCUUUUACGGUGAAGGAUGUUUUACAUGUUUGCACAAAAUUAACGUGUUCACGGAAAAACUGUGAAUUAAAGACUUAUGGAAUAUGUUUAUAUGUGGCAUGUUGUAAAAAAAUUAAAAUGCUGUAGCAUUGUCAGGUAUUUGGUUCUCCGUUGUACUAAAGUGUUCAUUCAACACUUUCAUUUAUGUACUUUACUAAACUUUUUUUUUUUUCUCAGUGUGUGGAUUCGAGACAAUGAAGUUGUUGGGUUUCAUCAUUUGAAAGAUUUUUUUUUAAAGUAUUUUUUAUUAAAUUUGCCGUGUCUAC